AUGACCGCAUUCUUGCCACCAAAUCUUCUGGCGCUUUUCGAAGCUCGUCCACCAAUUCGAUAUCUUCCACCAGUCGAAGAUUUGAUUGUUGAGAAAAAUGCGAAGCGGCCACCAAUGACUGGAGUUGCACAAUAUUUAUCGCUAUUCGAAGAUCCUGCUGAUACCCCACCAAAACCUGUUGUUGAGACAAAAGAGCAAAAGAAAGAUCGGAGACGGCGAGAAAAAGAAGAGCUUCUUGCUUAUAAAUUAGAACAAGGAAUUGCUCAGUGGAAUCCGGCUGAAAAUGAUAAAGCAUCCGAAGAUCCAUAUAGAACUUUGUUUGUUGGUAGAAUUGUAAGUUUUUUUUUGAAUUUAGUAGAAAAUGAAAAUUCAAAUCAAACAUUUUUUAGAACUACGAAACAUCGGAGAACAAACUUCGUCGAGAAUUUGAGGUUUACGGAAAAAUCAAAAAAUUGACAAUGGUUCAUGAUGAGCAAGGAAAACCACGUGGAUAUGCUUUCAUUGAGUAUAGUGACAAAUCGGAGAUGCACAGUAUGUCAUUUUUGAAAUUAUUUGGUGAAAUCAAUUUUUCUUGGUGAUAUUCAAGUGUUUUUUACUAAAUCACAGCCUUCACAAGGGAACUCUUCCAAGAUUUUUGAGAUGGAAUAUAUUUUUCUGGUGGUUUUUGAUGAGCGGAUUGUCAAAAAUACUGUAAAAUAUAUAUUUCAUUCUAAAAAAUCAAAGAAACCAGUUCCCUUGUCAGUUUUUCUUUCUGUUUCUUCUCCCAAAUACUCACAGAAAACCGCUUUGUUUCUUCCAGCAACAUUGCGAGUUCUCAAUUGUGAACCCGUCUGAACUUCCCAAAUUUUCGUUGUUUUCGGAAUAGGUUUGUUUAGAUGGUUAGUUUUAACCUGCAAACUGAAAAAAAUCAAAACACUUUUUUCAAAAUCUUAUCCAAAAUUCAAAUUUUCCUGUAAGUUUCCACGUAGGUUUAGUUUUCUUCAAAUUUCAAUUUUUUAAAUCGGGUAAGCUUACGGGUAAGACACUUUUUUUAUGAAUUCCGCCAAAAUUCGUAAGUUUCCCCGGGUAAGCUUGAAAAAAGUAAGUUUCCGAGAAAAAAACCCAGGUAACUUUUUUUGACGUUUUUGAACCCGGGUAAGUUUAGUUGAAACCCAAGGAUAACUAGGUAAAUUCCAAAAAUUAUUGACUGAAAAAAUAUAAAAUUAAAUUUUCAGCUGCUUAUAAAAAAGCGGAUGGCAUCAAAGUGGAUGGACGGCGAUUGGUUGUAGAUUAUGAACGGGGAAGAACUCAGAAAACAUGGCUUCCAAGAAGACUCGGUUGGUUUUUUUUUUCUAAAAUGGGUUGACAAAAAAUGGAAGGACUAAGAUUUUUCUAGUCCCUAAGGCCAUUAUUUCCUAGUCUCUCCAAUUUCUCAAGUUCAUAUUCAGGUGGUGGUAAGGGUGAUACACGUAAAACACGUGAAUCGCGAGCAACAAUCGAAGAACGAGAAAUGAAUGAAAGAGGAGGAAGUAAUUAUGAGGAUAGAGAUCGAGAUAGAAGUGGAAGUAGAGAUCGAAGACAGGAUUCAUAUAGAAAUGGAGGAGGAUAUGAUAGAGAUAGAAGAGAUCGUGAUAGAGGAGGAUAUGGUGGAUCAGGAGGAGGAGGAGGAAGUGGAAGGUUGGGUUUUUUUUUGUUUAUGGGAAUUUUUUGGGGGAAAGAAAGCGUGUUUAAAAAAGUAUCACCCAAAACUCUUAAAAAAUUAAUUUUAAUGAUAAAACUAACCAAUUGUUCGUUAUUAGUUAUCGCGACCGUGGUUCUUCCGAUCGUGGUUACGGUGGAGAUCGUGAUAGAGAUCGUGGGAGUAGUCGAUUAUCUUCAAGUGGCGGAGGUGGAAGUAGUAGAAAUGGAAGUGGAAGAGAUCGAUAUUAA